AUGGUGAUGUGGAAGAUCUGGGAAUUACGGAAUAAGAAACUUCAUGGAGAGAAAGAUAUUUUAUUGGGUGAUCUUGUGAAUUGGUGCAGGAGUUACCUCUCGACUUUCCAACGGACAUGUACCAAGGCCUUACAUGGUACAGUACCCUUCCACUCGGCUUCUUGGAAUCCGCCUGAGUUCGGCUGUGUAAAAGUAAAUUUCGACGUAGCUUUUCCACGGGGUGGAAACUACUAUGUCAUGGCAAAUAUUGCUAGAGAUUACAAUGGGAAAUGUCUAUGGUGGAGUACUAAGAAGAUUCUAGGUCGUCCACUACCUAUCGAGGGCGAGGCGCAUGCUGCAUUGUUUGCAUUAGUGAAGGCCAAGAAUAUGAGUGUGGUAACGGUAGUGAUCGAAGGAGAUAAUCUUCAAGUUAUCAACACCCUCCAGGACAUAUCCCAGUCGCAUACCUCUUAUGGAGCUUUUGUCGAAGAAGGCCAUCGUAUUGCUAGAUAUUUUAAUUCUUGUUCAUUUUCUUUUGUUAAGCGUUCGGGCAAUAUGCUUGCCCACGCUCUGGCAACAAACUAUGACUCGAGUUGUAAUGAGGGACUUGUUUUGCCUUCGGAUUUGGCUAGUAUAGCCUAA